GUUUAUGCGUCAAUAAUAGAGGUGGAGUGGGCUGUAACUUUGCGUUGUGACAGCCUGAUCAUGGGUGGUGUUUAUUGAAAUUUCUUGUGUAAUUAGAAGACACAAGGAUAAACCUUAGAACAAUGGCGUCAGCCUCCAGUUUAGCUUCAAAGCUGAAGAAGAAGGCUGUGAGGGUGAAACAUCAAAAAGUGAAGCUGUUCAGGGCGAACGAACCCUUCCUCUCCGUGUUCAUGUGGGGGGUAAACCACACGAGCAGUGAGCUGAGUCACAUUAAUGUACCAGUAAUGUUGAUGCCUGAUGACUUUAAGGCUCAUUCUAAGGUCCGUGUGGACAACCACCUCUUUAACAAAGAGAAUCUUCCGUCACACUUCAAAGUCAAAGAAUACUGUCCCAUCGUCUUCAGAAAUUUAAGAGAGAGAUUUGGCAUCGAUGACGUAGAUUUUCGAGAAUCAUUGACAAGGUCACAACCUGUGGCAAUAGACUCCCCGGGUAGAAGUGGUGCACGUUUCUACAAUUCCUACGACAAGAUGUACAUUGUGAAGACUCUAAUCAGUGAUGAGGUUGAACAAAUGCACGCCCUGCUCAAAGAAUACCAUCCGUAUGUUGUGAAUCGACAUGGCAAGACAUUGUUACCACAGUAUCUGGCCAUGUAUCGCCUCACCGUAGACAGCAUAGAGACUUACUGUGUUGUCAUGAGAAAUGUCUUUUCCACGUUCCUUCAUAUACACAAGAAAUAUGAUCUUAAAGGUUCAACAGUUGACCGGGAAGCAUCAGUCAAAGAGCUGGAGAAGGACCUCCCAACUCUAAAGGAUAAUGACUUCAUGAAGGACGGUACAAAAAUAUACAUUGGUGAGGAAGCAAAACAACAGCUCAUGGAGACUCUUACAGCUGAUGUGGAGUUCCUGAUGAGGCUUCACUUGAUGGACUACUCACUUCUUUUGGGAAUCCAUGACAUAGCUCGGGCAGAGAUGGAUGGAGUUACACAGAAUGAGUCUGAAGAAGAUGCAGUAGAGGAGGAAGAAGAUGAUGAGUGUAGUGGUGUACCAACUCCACCUGACUCACCAAACACAGCUGCUCGAGAGCGAGCAACCAGUAAUGGUGCCAUUGAUCCUGAUGUUGAAAUUUAUGCCAUUGAGAGUAACGAAAGUGCACCUCAACGAGAAAUAUACUUUAUGGCUCUUAUUGAUGUACUAACUCAUUAUGGUGUCAAAAAACAGGCAGCUAAGGCUGCAAAGACUGUCAAGUAUGGAUCAAAUGCUGAUGGCAUAUCCACAGUGGAACCUGAUCAGUAUGGACGUCGGUUUUUGGACUUCAUGAACCAGGCCAUUGUGUAGGUGUAAACAAGUGUAAAGUUAUGGGUGUCAACACCUUUAUCCUCAAAUGUGUAGAUUUUCUUUGCUGAAACUUGUAGUGUAUGCUCCAGAUUUGAACCCCUCAAAUACAGAUAGUACUGGAUUUAUAUUUUGUGUGAUUUUUUUCAUGUACGAUUAUUAUUUAUUUAUUAUUUUUUUCUUGGUAGUUUAUACAGUAUUUUAUUAUCGUAUACAAGAUAGGUUAACUCUGGAUGCAUAUGCGUAGAUCAUCGUUCCUUUUCUCAUACAAGAUUAACUUAAUAAAAUUUAUGUUGUACAGAAUUGUCUUAGUACGUAUAGUUGAAAUGCCAAUUGAAAGAGGAUAAGAACAAAUAGAAGUUUCAUUAUUAGAAGAUCCAACAUGUGAGAGCAACAGUACAUGUAAUUAAUGAAUGUUGCCUAUGUUGUGCAAAAUUUUCCUCUUUCAUAAUAGCUGUAUUAAAACAAAGCUAUUAAUUAUUGCAUAAGUCAUCAAGUCCAAGCACUUACUGAAUUGUGCUAGGCCAGUUAUAUCAACCUUAUAAAUAGAUUCCACCAGUCAUACUUCUGAGAUUUUUGGCCAAUCAUAUCAAGCUCAGAGUAUGUUUGGCUAGUCAUAUCACUCUUUGAGGAUGCUUCAACAGUCAUGGUUACCUAUUUAAAACUGCUUGAUCAGUCUUAUCAAAGUAAAUGAUGUCCGUGCUACCAGUAUUUGAGUGCUUACAUUUAAUAUGUCUUUACUCUGUUUUGAUUCAUUUUUUUCCCGAGUAGGAGGGAGUGUACUGAUUUACAAAAGGACUGACUUUUAGUGAUUUUAAAGAAUACUCACAUUAGGUUUUCUCUUAUUUUCUUGUUAAAUGGUAAGGAAAUAAUUGCAGUUUUGUAUCCUUAAGACAUGUAACUAUAGAUACAAUUGCCAUUGCUUUUUUUUCACAUUGAUUGUGCCUAUCUGCUCAGUUUUGCCCAUUUUAUGGCCAAAAUCUCUCAUUUGAUGGGAUUUGUUGAUCAUAAAAGGGAUAUAUAAACUUUACACUUGAACCAGCCUUGAGAGCUCAAAGGAUAAAUGUCUUAGAGGAGUAAAGUGAGGAAGUGUAUCUGAAAAUGUAGUCUUAGAAAUUUGUAUAUGUUAUUUUUAGAUAUAAAAGUGCUAUCUAUCUGUCAGACAUAGGUAGAUAAUAAAAAGGCUUGCCAAUACAGUCCGUGGAAUUGUCAUACUAGUCCAUACAACAAUAUUGUAGUGAUGCAUUGCCCUGUGAGGAGCUUUAACAAAUUGUAGACAUGUCAGUUUGAUGUCUCUGCCCUCCUUAAAAUGAAAACUGUCUUUCUCUAUAAAUUUUCAAUCACAGGCAAGUAAACUCUAUGUAACCAAUAAGCUUGGUAUGAUUGUAAGCAUGCAUGAACUUUGCGGAACACCAGAUUUUUUUUUAAAUAUAUCAAGCUGCCUUGUCAUGGGCUGUAUAAGGCUAGAAGUUGGGCAUAGCUUCAGAAAGAAAGAACCUCUUUGUAGUGGUCAUUGUUGAGACUGUUUUGGCUGGACUCAGAAAAGUCUGUCGGAAUUCAUUUGAAGUCACAGUGUUGAUUACUGAAUGUUGUUGAGUAAUGUUUAUAUGUAUGUGAUUAGUAGAUAAUGAAGUAUUUGCUUGUAUUAAUAUAAAUUAGAGGAAUGAAUGGAGUCAAACGUGAGGUAUCAUGCAUUGAGUGAAUAGUGUUAUCAACAGAAUCAGUGAAGUGAGAAAGCUCUUGAAUUGAGGAAAUUGAUAGUAUCCAGAGGAUGUACUGAUACCAGUCCAUAGGGAGAAUAUUCUACACAGCCACCCAGAGGUAGACAAUAGCCUUAAGGAAUAUAAGAAUAUUCUAGAGGCUUGUAGUUAUUAUGUAAAGAUAUAUAUAUAAAUAAAUUUGUAUCAUGUUCUUAGGAAAACAAGGAUUUUUUUCUUUCAACAUAGUGGAUAAAACAAGGAUUUUGUAUUGGUGUUUAGAGCUGCCUUUUUCCUUGAGUGUGUUUACUGUCUGUAGAAUAUCUUAGCAAGGUUUUUAAUUUAAAUUUAUUAUAUUAAGGCGAUUUAGCUUUCAGUCUUGCUUCUAUUUAUUACAACAAAUUUAUCAUACAAAUUGUAGGAUGUUUGCAGCAACUAAUUUUUUUCUUCUGCUGUAUGCAUAUGGAGAAGUAGCUUUACCUUAAUGCACAUUUUGUUUGAUUAGAAGGGGUAGUUGGCCAUCAUUACCUAAGAAAAAGGAUCAGUUAGUUCUGUAUUAUGAUUGGCUGUUGAGUAUAUACUUAGUCUCUCAGCUUUUCAGGAGUUAGUGAUAGGUUUAGGCAGUUCAUUUUGUUUCUAAACAAACCAAAUUUAUUUCAUAAGCCAAAUAGUACACCAGCUUUACUAUAAAAAAAAUUCUUUAAUUCAUUUGAAUAUAAGGUUGACUCCUUUACCCCAAGUUUGUUGUGUAAUUCAUGACAAAAUAUCUUUGUUGAGGACACAACCAAACUGCCCCUGUAGUUUGUAACUCAGCUGUAGACUGAUAUAGCAUAGUUGAAGCUAAUCAAGUGUACUUAAGGAGUAACUGCAAAUUUUAUUGAAUAUUUCUUGCAUUUUAAGGAUAAGAUGUCUCAAAGCAGUGUGGUCAUAUGUGGCUGGUUUCUGUGAUGAAUAUGCACUGUCAGGUUGUCUGGAUUUGAAUCUCACUGGUAUGAGUAACUUGGUGGUAAAGACUUGAGAAGAGAAGGGGGGCGGACUGUGACUCAUGAAGAGCCAAUUACGAGACCAAUUUUAGUUAAUUCAUGGCUUGGUCUCCUUGCAACUGUGUUGAAUUUGAUUGAAUUAGGUGGUGUGUGUGAAGCUGUCAGUUAUCACCUCCAUAAAUAACUGUAUAUAGGGCACUCAACAUUUUUUAUCAUACUUUAGGACUCAAUGUUGUUUAUUAAUGCAUUAAGACAGUAUGUUAUUUAAUUAUUGUGCAAUAGAGGAGUACAUAGUUUACUCAUUUUGUAAUAGAUAAUAGGUGUAUAAAUUGAAUAGUGUUGAUUUAGGUCAUGGUUGAAGUUAUUCAGUAAGAACCUGUCAAAAACUUUUGACAUUUUCCCUCAGAAUGUUAAAAAGUGUGUAAGAAGUGUGUGGACAAUUAUUUCUCUUCUUAAAUAUGUAUUAUUAGCCACCAUGCACAAGGUGUGGAGACAGAGAGAUGCAGGUAAUAUCUCUUUAGCAAGUACUAAAAAUUAUAAGGUAUGUGGAGAUGUGAAGAAGAAUGUGAUAUUGGGGAUUAAGGUUUUGUAAGUGAUAAACCAAGACUCGUAUCAAAAUCUUUAAAAACAUGAUUUUGAAGCGAUUUAUUAAUUUACAGUUUUGUUACUGAAGUAUUGUACAUCGCAGAAAUGUAUAUUAUUGAGAUAAAGUUUAUACUUCAUUCAGAAUAUAAAAAAAAUGGAUCUUUAUUUUGAAAAUAGUGAAAACUUUCUCUUGGGUUGAAUUGGCCUAUAUUGUUUAAUCAUAAGAAUUAAAUUAUUAUUUUUUUAUUAUUAUUAUUGAGUUUUUUCAGGUACAAGUAAGUUAUCUAUACAGUAUAUGAUAGACUUCUCUGGGUUGUACUUUCUAUGGUAUUGAGUUAAAAUAUUAGGGUGAGGGAAGAUGUGGAUGAGAAAGGAUAUAGAGAACUGUGCAGUAUUAUGGCAGAAUAGGAAUGCCUGGAGUAGGUUCUGAUCUAUCAACUCUGCUGGAGACUGUGUAAUGAAUAGUUUUUAUAGUCUAGGGUCAUGUUUAAUCAACCAAAUGAGCAUAUAUGUGCACCACUGAAGAGAACCUCAAGAAAGAAUAGGGUUCUUGUGAAUUGAAAAAUUACUUAAAAUGAAUCCAGAACUGAUCUCAUCAUAGGUGACGUUCAUAACUUGUGUGGGUUGCAGAUACCUCUAUCACUUACUAUGUUAUAUUUCUCCAAAAGAAUAUAUUUUAAGAGGGCUAAGCUGUAAACCUUGUGAAUUAUAUCAUUAGUAUUGAGAGGAAGUUCAGAUAGCUUUAAUAGUGUUACCAUCAAAUGUUUGUUUCAGCCUCAAUCUAAUCGUCAUUAAAGAAUUGGUCUGAAAAGAGUAAUAUCGAUGUCUUAUAGUGGCUAUAAGUCUUAUAAGGCUUUCAUAUGCUGUAUUAUAAAUAAAGGUGCAGGAAAAAAAUGCUCACCCUUCAUAACUUUAUAAGGACAGAGAAAAGAACAUACUGGAAGACCUUUUUCAGAAUUUUUUCAUGUGGCACCAUCAUUCUUGUACCUACUUAAUUACACACAUAUACUAUAUGUAUAUCUGAUGCCUUGUUCCUCUGGGAACUACAAUAUCUCAUAAGUUGAGUGUCCACAGCAAAAAACCUCCAGCCUGGUCCAUUCCUUCUUGCUCUCAAGCACCUAUUUUUGUUUCUUAUGUACAGUAUGUGUGAAUGAAGGAAUUAGUGUUGAACUAGUUUUCUGCAGCACAUCAAGAUUUUAACUGGAUCUAAUGAAUGCAAAAAUUAGUGUGCUAGGAUGAUGAUACUGUACUGUACUUUUAUAAGAUUUACAUUGUGGUCUUAAGUACAGUUAUAUUCCACCUGCUUUUUGGAUCUUGCUAUAACAACAGUACCUCUGCUACAAUAUUUGUUUUCAUAUUUUCGGUUUGAAAAUUUGAGUUCAUCGUCAUUAUAGAUACUGUAUUUAAAUGUUCCUUGAUGUCUUGAUGUAGAAGAUAACAUUUAUUGGUGUUACUGUACCCUGUUUAUUAGGGUCUUUUGGGACAUAUGAGAUAAAGAUUUUCAACUAAAGUUAUCAGUUAAAUUUGUAUUGAAUUCACAAAUCAUGGGACAUUUUUUUUCUGUGAGUUUAAACUUGUAUUAUGUGCAUUCAAGGUAGAAAAUCUGCCUUAUAAUAACAAGUGAUUGUUAGUAAAGCUAAAAUCAGCACAUGGGAGAGAGAAAGGCUUGGAUGCAGGGUUUGCUUUAUGUGUUUACAGUUAAACCCAGUACAGUAUACCAUAGAUGCAAUGCAAUAUUAGCAACAUUAUAUGCUCUACGGGAUGCCCAGGGAGAAUACUACUCCAUAAAGGGAUUCAAUAUAUAACCCCGUACAUAUGUUAACUAUAGAUGCAGAAAUAUUAUACACCUGUACACACCUUUGCAUUUCAAACUAUUGUUAACCAAAAGCUGUGUUGUUCAGGAUUAUCUGGGACAUAAAAUGAGAAUACUAUUACUGAAAUUUCAGUACAUUUUGUAGUAUUUACAAGCACUUAUGGAUACACAGUGUGAAUAAAUAAUGUUAAUGAAUCACCUCUACAAAAACUGUUGUCCUGGAUAAUGUAGAAGCUGUUUGGGAGAUAUUUUAUGAAAAAUACAGUACAGUACUUUAAUAUACUGCAAUUAGAGAUCACUUGCAUAUGAUAGCUGCAGUAUAUCAGCUGAUACCUUAGAAAGAAAGAUGGAGAAAUAGAAAAAUAAUAUUCACUAAUCCAUUUUUUCUUAAUUGCAAAUUAGAUGGCAAGUUCACAAUGAAAGCUCUUGGCUAGCUCUUACAGGCUUAAAGAAUCAGUAUAGUUAUAUUUAGUGUUGAUGUCCAGGAUGAUAGUGUUCUUGAUAUAAUUUUAGUACCUUGUUUGAACUGUACAUUACUGCACAUUCUCACCUCUUCUGAGAAGCUAACAUGUCUCUGGCACAUUUAAUAGUCCAGGUAUUUUAUCAGUGCCUCACAUUAUAUACUAUAUACUGUAUAGAGGUGUAGGAUAAUAAGGUUGUACUUUAUUUGAUGGUAACUUAACAUCUUUGGUCCAACCUGUGUAUUUUUUUAAGUUUAUAUGUCAAGAUAAUUUUUUGUCGUAGGUGCGUCAACUGCCGGGUUUAUUUUUAACAGUCAAUCCUUUUUCUUAUGAGAUAUUGUGAAGCACAGAAUGAACAUUCAUGUAUGGCCCUCAGACAGUAAGAGGAGGCCUUAAUGAACAUUCUUCUUUAGUUUAGAACUUAUAGAUGACUUAAGUGCAACUUCAUGUAACUUCACUCGUUUUACAGUAUUUGAUACUGUAUCCAUAACAAAUGAAUAAAGAAACGAAUCUUAAAUAUGAUUUGAUAAGUGUAUCACUCCAUUGAUUAUACAUUUUAUCAAUAAAGUCAGGGGAGAUGUGCAAACCAGAAUUUUUAUUAUUAUUAUUAUUAUUAUUAUUAUUAUUAUUAUUAUUAUUAUUAUUAUUAUGCAAUUAAUAGUAUGAUGCAGUUAACAACAAGAAGAAAAUCAUAAUAAACUGAACUUAGUUGUCAAGUUUCUCUGAAGUUAAAAAACUUAGUAAAAGUCAUAAACGAUAAAAACUAAUAAGUACAUGCCUUGAGAUUUGAUAACAAUUAAAUCUAUUUGUGCUAGGUACAUUAUUUUUUAAUUUGAUCUAAUCAUUAUCUGUAUUAUUAUUAUUACUGUACUAUUGAAACUGUAGUUUAUAGGGUUUGUAGUAUAAUAUGCUGCAAACACAUAUACUUAGGUGUGAGGCUGCCUUGCUGGUUGAUUAUGUUUAAAAGUAGGGAGAGUAGACUGGAACUUUGUGUCACAGCAAGCAGUGAGUUGGCUUAACACUACAUGAUAUAGGCUAUGUAGUUUUUUACACCCUUGAGUUAAUAUAAUCCAUCUCAUUUCACAGUGUCCAUGUAUAUUUUGCAUCUGGUAUAGAUAAAAGAUCAUUAAAAAUACCAAGAGAAAAUAUAAAAGACAUGAUUGUCAUACAGAUGCAUUUUUAUGGUUUAAAUGGGACUUCAGAUAUGGAUGAUCAGAGGUAAAACAUUUUUGUGGUUUAUAUUCUCCAUGUUGAGCUUCUACUUGUGUUCCAGCACUUACUUACUGUCUUGCUCAAGUGAGGGAAAAUGUGUAGGUGUUAUUUUUUUUUCAUCCAUGAACAAAUUUUUUGUGUGCACACAUUAAGUAUGGGAAACUUUUAACAAAACUUGUGGCAAUGCAUGGCUUCUAGCAUCAUUAUGCAUGCAUUGCUAAUUGACUUCCAUGUUGAUGAUAUGCAUAUGCUCUUUAAAGUUGAAAUAUAGGUAAGAGGUUCACAAGUAUUUGAAUACAUAUUGUAAAAUUUGAAGUUGUUCAGAUUUUUAAUGACAAAUUACAUGAUAUGUGAUACAGCAUUUCAUACUUGUGUUAUGGCACGUAAGAUCCGGUUUAAGCAUUUACCGUUGGCCUGCCACCAGCAUAUGCCUAUUAGCCCAGUCAGAUGUACAUUAGGUUGCCUCCUCAAGCAUCCUGAUUCCAUGAUCCUACUGUCCCUAGUUACCUGCCUCUCUUACGACCUCUUUGUAGCAGUAUGCUCACCACUGUCCACCUCCCAUUUUGUAAUUUUAUAUUCUUAUCUUGAUGACAAUGGCAACUGCAUCUGACUGGUUUCUCCGUUAGUCAUAUACAGUCUAUACAUUUGCCUCCAUCCUCACUGUUUUAAGUGUAAAUCUGUGGAUUAUGGAUAAGUAGCUGUUUAGGCAAUUCACAUGUCUCUUACUGAUGGUCGUGUGUGUAUAUUCAGUUACCACUUCGUGUACAGUAUGUAGUGAUGCCAGCUUGUGUUAAUUUUUUUGUAUUUAUGUUGUGGCUUGUCAUAUAAAUACAUUACUGCUACUUUUUCUUCACAUGGCUCUUCUAGAUGAUGACAAGAGUAGCAGGAACAGGAAGGAGGCCAUUGUUGUCAGACUUCAUACAAAAGAUCAAAGCUCAAGACUUUUGUCAGUUUUUUAGCUCAUUAAUUAUAAGAACUGUAAUUUUUUUUGUGUUUUGAUACUUAAUUUGUUUUUUGUUUUGUUUUUUCCUGUAAACCUUGUUAUGAAAGAUCACUUCUAAUGUAUUUUUUUCCUGUUAAAGUAUAGUAUUACAUAAAAACCAGCGUCAGUGCUAGUUUCAAACCACAAUUCUUGCCGAAAGUCCAAAUAACUUAUUUAACUAUAUUAUUAAUUUUGCAUUAGUUUACUGAAUGUAGUCUUAAUAACUCUUGGCAAAUGGAGAAUGUUAUUGAGAAUUAUUCCAUGAUGAGUUGGAAAUUAUUUCAUCAGGGGCAACCUAUUUAAACAUCGUCAAAAAUCAUAUAUGGACAGUUGGAUGUGAAUCUCAAGCAUGGUUCCAUUUCAGCUAUCAAAUAUAUUUUAACCUACAGUAUCUUAAGUCAUAUUUAGAUAAAAAUUGUCCAUGAACAGUAGUAGAAGCACUGUUUGCUUUAGCAGCAACAGGACUGAGAUGAAAAGAUCAAUAAUUACAGCAGUCACUAUUUCAGGAUGUGAGGGUGUGCUGUUAUUAAACUUUCAGUAUUUUCAGUUGUGUGUGUCUGGUUCAUAUAAAUAUUUAUUCACAAGCAUUAAAUUUUCUUGUGUGUGUUAAUAACAGUAAACAUUAAUUCAGCCUGAAUAAUGUUAAUCAUAUUUUCACAAUUUUGAAAAUUUGGCUAAUCUGGGAGCAGGUCUGAUGAAGCUUUGGUGCCAUGUCAGGCCCAGGAAUAUCAAGCCAGGUGAGGACUGUGACUUUCUUGUUAUCAUAACAUUACAGUGACUGAAGGAGCCAGGUCCAUAGCAUCAUAAGUUUGUUCAAUGCUUAAUUUCUAAGUUUCUAUAAGAACUUUGUGUCUAAGGUAUACUCUGUAGCCCGGCAGGUAACGUCAAAGCUUUUGGGUAUGGAGACUGUAGUUCAGGCUAUACUGAGUUGAAGCAGUAUCUAGUUUUUCAGUUUUCUAGAGACAAGAUACCUAAUUAUUCAGUACUGUAUAUCCGAAUGCAUUACUUAUUCAUGAUUAUUAGUUACAGUACUUUAUAAUGUUACGAUGAAAUUAUUAUUGGAUUCACAUACAGUAUUUGAUAAUCCCAGAUGUUAAAUAAAUAAUGUUUAGGCAGUGGGGUUACAGUCUUCCCACUACAAAGGUCUUGAGAUCUCUCUUCCCUUCCCCGUCCAAAGUUUGACCAGUUUACCCCACUCGCAAGUUGCCUUAGGAAACAUGUCAGGUGUGUGACUGCUGUACAUGCAAUAGGUUUCCCUGUCUUUUACUUAAAUCACUCUUGUCAUGGAGAAUUACAGGAUAGUUUUAUCUUAUGCAAAAGUAUUGCUUCUCUGUAUAUGAGAAAAAAAGAAAAUGCACUUCAGGACAUUUUCAUUAGUGUUGUUGCUUGGUUUUAUAUUUUUCAAUCAUUAAUAGUAGAAACAUUAGGAGCAUGCUAGACAACUUAUUCUUUCAAUUAUUUGAUUUUGCAGUAGCUGGGUCUUGUUUCAAACAAUCUUUUGACAAACUGUGUUUACUUUGAAAUUAAACAAACUACCAAAGGAAUUAAACGAAAAUAAAAUAAAAUUUGUGUACUAGUAUUUUACGAAGAGAUGGAUAAAAUAUUGUCCAUUAUCGUUUAUUUUGAGAGCAACGUUCAGAAGAUAGCAUUUCAUUAAGCAAUACCAUGAUGCUUUACUAUCAACUGUUGCAGAUAAAACAUUCUAAAUCUCUGCUUUGUUAACAAAAAGGUGCAUGCAUGCUGUAGUAGGUGCAUGAAUACAUACUAAUGGAGAAAAUAAUCAAGCUUUUGCAUCAGCCCCCUGCUUUAUGUAGGACAUAAAAGAUAGCUUACCGGUAUGCAUUCUAUAAUUGUGAACUUUCUCCAACACUUUGGGAAGCAGUGUAAGGCAAUGUUCUAUGUGGAUCAGUUGUUGAUAUUGAAUUAGGUUAUUUGCUUGACCAAUAUUUUUACUUUGACAAAUUGUAAGAUGACUAAAUAACAACUCACGGUAUCCUUAAUUGGAGGUUCUGUACCAUUACACCUAUGUAUUAACUCCCCCUUUUGUGCUUGAUUUAUCCUUAGUCCAGUAAUUUAUAUAUUUUUUAUGGAUGUUACUUGUUCACAUACAGUACUUUGUUCAGGGUUUAUGCAUGUACGAUAGAAAUAAUGAAGUAAUUAGCUGGAUAAAAAAAAGAAGUCUACAGGAUUUUGUAACAAAUUUCACCAUUGGAUUUACUCCUGUAGGAGUUUCAGAGUAAAUACAAGAUUGAUAUGAAUACCUCCAAUGAAGUGCAGUAAGGGUAGACCUUGGGAGUAAAGCACAUGACAGAAACAAGUGGUGAGAGGAAAAUUUAUUUAGAGAUUCUCUGUGCAUGGCACUUAAUGCCUUCGCAGAAUGUGUUUAAAGUAAAAACUGAACUUUUAUUAGCUACUGCAUUUAGAUUUACACAAAGAAAUUACUAUUUAUUUUUGUUCUACUAAUAGUUCUCAUGACCUUUUUCUAUUAUAUAUGAAAGAAACAAAUGAAUUUCUGUAAAGCCAGCAGUUUGUGGUGUCUUUCAGUUUGAUAAAUUCCACUGAGGUUAAUAUGGGCCUCAUAGAUUUACUCCCGAGGUGCUCACAGGAAGGCAAGAAGUACAACUGUCAGUAUGACCUGGUUAGCAGUUAUGAGGUAUAGUAAUAGAUUUGUAUAUAACUCUUUGCUGUUUAGAAUGGAGUAAUCUAAAAUGUGACUACAGUACAUACUGCAUCAUGAUUUCAAGAGACCUGUUUCAUUUGAUAAGACAUUAUUAUUGUACUCGGCUUAUUGAAUGUACUUGCAAGCUUCACAUGUACCCAUUUGGUUCUGUCUCUUUUAUCAUGAUAUUUCUUCUGACAUUCUUCUGUUUACUUUACAAAGAGCUGUGAUGAUGUAUAUGUUUAUUUUUUGUACAUACUCUCUUUUUUUUUUUCAAGUUCCAUCAGUGGCGCUUAAGUACAGGAUUGAAGGCUGCAUGUUA